GCGUCUAAUGAACGUAGUAAAGGCGCACUUUGUUAGAUGGCGUCUCGAAAAUGCAUCUAGCUCCGGCCACUAAAGUCAGACUCAUGGCCUCUUUCUGGUUCUAUACAGAAUUAAAUAAAAAAUAACUAUAAAACCUCAAAACAAGGAUAUAGAAGAAUGAAUGAAAAUGAAAAUAAUUGUUGUAGGUAAGAUUAUAUGAUGUGAAUAAGUUUAUUGACGAUAAAAAUGGAUAAUACUGAAUUAUUGUUCUUUGACACAUUCUCCCAUGACAUAUCAGAGGAAUUGAACUUGGAUUUGGUACAAUUUCCUAAACCUGUUUAUAUUAGCGAAGUAAGAAUAAUACCAUUAGGUGCACGAGUUCAAGCAGACUUUCCAGGAGGAGUACGUCUUGGAGCAACCAAUCCUUCUCAAUUUGAAAUUGAGUUUUUUGUGAAUGAUCUCAGUAAACCUGGAGCAUCCACUUUCGAAUCUCUGGGUGGUUUGGAAUAUAAGCAAAACAUUCAUAUUCAGCUUGAAUGUGAACGGAAACAGAUACCAACCGAUGGGUUGGUAUUAAGAGGAUGGUAUACUACAAUAACACUGGCAGUAUAUGGUACCUUGACAAAAUCAUUAAACAACCCUCAGGAAGUCAACAAUUCAACAGCUGGGUCUACUGCUUGCGUCAGUACCCUGGAAGAAAAUCCUAAAGGUUCUGCUCAAGCUCCUUCGGAACAGCAACCUGAAUGGUAUUACGAGAACCAACACCAAACGAAUUCUACGGAAAUAUGUGUUGCUGCAACUCCACCACCACCAGUUCAACCAAUUCAAGUUGUAGAACCAUCCAGGACUACCGCACCAGAACCCGAGAAAGUAGAAUCAACACAAUGGGAAGAGGAAGCAUCUUGCAAUACAGGCGAAAAACCGUCGAAACGGCCUUCCUCUCCCCCUACGGAAUCCUUGAUCUCUUUGAGUCCCGAGUCUAUCUCUGCCGAAGAAGAGGAAGCGGAACAGCAGGAAGCAGUCGAACCUGAGACUGGCGAGCCGUUCGAGCCUAUAUUAUCGGAUGAAGACAUAAUGACUGACGAUGUACCAUCUACGGCUGAGUUCGAAUGUGAAACCGUGCAGAUUGACGAGAUAUACGCACUGAUGUCGCCCGAUCUACUGAGUCUAGAGAAACCUGGCAAUCUGGAAGACUCGAGCGUGAGUCACGAAACUUUAUUGAAAAUCAGAGAAAUCCUUCAGCCAUUGUCCAAAUCAGUCUCACACUUCCAUAACGCGUCUGGUCAAGAGAAAGAAACGUUCGUCCACAACUGCGAAUCUCUAUGUGCCAUAUUAGGGCCAUUCGACUUCAGCGCAGACAAUGUCAAUGAGUUGACAAACAUCGUCAGCGCUGGCUUAGACAUGGAACUUGCUAGAGCUCAACCACAACCAGCGUACAAAGUGCGGCACGUAAAGGUAGGGGUGCGUUUAGCCGAAGCUCUCUGUCGAUUAUCUAUUGGUCCGGAGAUUCUGCUGAAGGUCGAGGCGCCGUCCAAGUUGCUGUCUCUUUGUAUGCGCGAGAACGUGGCGCUGCCGGUAAAACUUUCCGCUUUGCGAGCCCUCGACGCCGCGCUUAUUAGCCCGGUGAUUGUGCAAGAGUUCCUAAACUCGAAGAUUAAUCUAUAUAGGAAUGCGCUGACGAUGUUGGACACGGUGAAACUAGCUAGACUGAAAUAUGCCCUGAGCUCGCUUCUACGUAAAGUCCACGUCUACGAGUACUUGGAGGAGACGAAAAAAUUCGACGAGCUCGGUUUGGCCGAGCUAAUGAACGCCUACGUUUGUGCGCCAACGUUGAUGGCGCAACCUAAACGCCAACUACCGGCCGGUGCUCAAAUGGAGUUCGAACGAGAACAUACUCGCAAUCCUCGCGCCCAUCUGAUAGCCUAUUUCGAAUAUCACAAGUUGGCCCUUCACCUCUUGCUGACAUUGUCCUCUCCCGACUGCGACUUCAAGGUAAUCAAGCUGAUACGCCGAUUUCUUCUGCAUCUCUCCGACACGAAGGAAGGCUUGUUUUAUUUGCUAAAAGAGGCCGAGGUAGUACGCUUGAUGCUGAAGGCCUUGAAGUACGAAUUACCGGGCGCCGGUUGCAUCUUAGCGUGGCGUCUUCAAGUCGUGCAAUGUUUGAUUCGCUUGAAACAGACUCCAGACGAUUGGAUGGCACUAAAACGACUGCAUUCCUUCCUCGUAUUUCCCGACGGCUUGCGCGCCAUUCUCACGGUAAUGCCGUUGGGCGAUUUCAUGGACAUUUUGAUCCCCUAUUUGGCAGAUUCCAAUCUCUGUGAGUUCGCCGCCGAAGUGAUUUCCGCUAUCGUCCGUUAUUCUGACCGAGUGCAGAUCCUGCAGAAUCGUGCGGAAUUAAUGUUGGAUAAGGCUCGUGAACACGCCGUCCUCAGAGAUGUGACGUCGUACUUGACGACCGCGGCUCAGGCCUCUCAUUGGGACUACAGCGACGUCUCGUCUCUAGUGACGAUUAUCAGGAAGAGCGCGGAGAAAGCUGCGUCUCUGCCUGGCCAACUGAUCACGGCAUGUAGAAUUCUGCAUUAUUUAAUUUUCCCAUCGAAUAACGACAUCGAUCCCAUGGAACCUUACGUCGAACUCAAGUACAGGAACGCCUUGACACAACUUUUCGCUGCCGACGGUCUCACUGCCUUAAUCACCGUAAUGGCGAACGUGUCCGAGUUCUACGAACAGCCAUUUCUUCAUCGCGCAGCUCUAACGGGUCGUAGAGGCAUGGCGUUGGUGGCUCUCCUGCUGCCCUGCGUGAAGUUGACCAGAGCGCUGUUGGAGAGACUCGUCAAAUGUAUGGCGACAGACUUUAAAGAUCUCACAGCCGUCGUCCCGUUGUUGGGUGUCUACUCCUUGAUCGAGGCUGUGCCGUCUAAUUCGACAGUGCGAUCUCUGUCCGAGGAAAUUGUUGGCACGCUGCUGAUGUUUACUCAGGCCGUCGAUUCCGAUGGUUCCGGAAACGUUGCCAAAUCCCUGUGGACUCAGAUGUUGGGCGAGGUUUUGAAAAUGGUCUCGCUCAGUCCGUGCAACUUUGUGCCGGGUUUGAAACUGCUGACACGCCUAUUACCGCCUGUCCUGACACCGCGAGAAACCGCCACCGAAGAUGCGGCGAGAGUUCUGGGUCUGAGGAAGCUCUGGUCCGCACAUCUGCAAGCACAAGCUUCAAAUCUCACAGAAACUCUUAGACUGCUAUGUGCCAGUUGGAACGGAGAAGUUUUGCUUCUUUUAUCUACGGUUUGUAAGCAAUUGAGUGACCUGGCAGCGCCAACAGCUCUUUUGGUCGGGCGAUGUCUUUUGGAUGGUAUCCUAGCGGCCACUCCACAAAAUAAUGUUCCUAUUCUCGCUCUAAUUAGCGAUCUAGCUAGACACGCGCCCGUUAAGGCCACUUUACUGACUCUGACGAGUCCUGCGUCUAGAGCACAAGUAAAAUCUGACCAGAAGUACCCACCUGUCAUCGAGUUGAUGUGCUCCACUUUGAAGAACAACGGUGAAGUGCGUGUACAGUAUGAAAUCCUCAGUAUCUUCGAGACUCUGUGCGACUGCAGUCUAAGCCUGGUACAGGAGGACAACGAGCCUUUUGAGAAGAAACUGACGCACUCGGUACCCAGUAAGGAACCUUUACUAUCCAUUCUCGCGGCUUUGAUAGAAAUUUUAGCCACGAGUACGAAAUACCAGCUAGAUGUGAUAGAGAGUACCUUGCACGUCCUCCUGUCCCUCAUCGGUCAUAACUACGGUCUCUAUCACGUGAAGAGCUGCCUGGAGAACAAUCCUGGCGCCUUACGCGCAUUGUUGGAUCAUGUGUCUACUUUAGAAAAUCCCGAGACGUGCUCCCUUGUAGGCUUAACCGUAACUUUCUUGGAGAAUUUGAUCGCUUCUGACUCGGAAAGGCGGUCCCUGCACUUACGUACACAGCAGUUGGCCUCUUUGAUCUCCUGGGAGAGAAACGAUCAUCCCUUAGAGAAACUAAAGCGCGCGGAGGAACUGGUGGAGACUUUGAAGGCUGAAGAAAGAGAGGAGAAGGAACCUAUCCCAGAGAUGUUGGAACCAUUAUUGCCUACUCCAGAGGCUCUAUUGAAUCAGUUCUCGCGAAGAUGCGCUAGACCGAUCAAUAACAGUCCAAGCCGGUCCACAAAAUUCUCAUUUGUGGCAGCUAGUCAGGUACAAACCGAGAAUACGGUAGACCUGUUGGCACUCGCUACUGAAUUAUUACCUGCUGACUUCAAUCUGUUGGCGGAGGCACAGAAUUUGUGCUCAAAAGCACCUCCCGACGAUGCUACUCAACCUUUGCAAUCGAAACCUCAGGAUGAAGAACAAGAAAAUAGAACGGAGAAGCAGAGUUCUCCAAUCACCAAGUCGAAACAACCGUUUGUGACACCGAUACGAGGUCGAAGUCAGUUUACCAAUUCAUUACGUGGUGGUCCUGUGGGUGGAGGAGUAGGUAGAGGUGCUGAUCCUUUCCGAUCGAGACCACCUAAUACUUCGAGACCACCAUCUCUUCACGUGGACGAGUUCGUAGCAUUAGAAACGUGCGGAGCUCAACCAACGGGUCCUACUGGUUACAAUAAGCUCAGCAUACGCGGAACAUGUCCACCGCGUGCUAUCAGCAGCGGAACCAGAAGUCGACCUUGGACGCAAGAAACUCGUCCUCCAUAUCUUCGUUAAUUCACUCUUCCUGUUUGUCGAAUUUUUCU